UCGGCUGCUAUAGCCUGGUUCUGCUUGUCACUCACAGAAAUGACCACUUCCUGUGGAAGAAUAAUAGAACCCGCCCAGCCCUGACUUCAGCAUAGUCACACGAAUAGAUCUUACUCCUGCUUCUCUGAUACAAUUACGUAAAAAGCAGCUGAAUAAAGCCUUGGAUCCUGCUGCUGCUUUCAUGUCAGACCUUCACAUCUGUGUCCAGCUGGCAGACCAGCCGCUGACUCCUAAAUCCAUUGUGCACCUCCCCGCACAGGUUUCAUGUGGCCAUCAAGUGUUGGUGGUGAAACAGCUAAUAGCCGCCAUGCUGCCCGACUCACUGCCUGACCCUGAGUUAAUUGAUCUGAUUCACUGCGGUCGCAGGCUUAAAGACGAUCAGACACUUGAAUUCUAUGGAGUCCAGUCUGGAAGCACAAUACAUAUCUUGCGCAGAGCAUGGCCAGAACCUCCACCUAGGCCUGAACCAGUAGACAAAGUUGCUGCCAGCCGCGAAUUUCGAGCUCUGCAUACAGCACUGCACACAGGCUCUGCAUAUCGGAAUGCUGUAUUCAAGCUUCUAGGCAACAGAGAAUCCUUGGAACAGAUAAUUGUGGCCACACCUGGCCUCCGAGCUGACCCUGUUGCCAUGGGAGUUCUACAAGAUAAAGACCUCUUCACGGUGUUCACUGAUCCCAGCAUGCUGGACACACUGGUGUCAUCCCAUCCUGCCCUGGUAAAUGCAAUUAUACUUAUUCUACAUUCAGUGAGUGGCUCCUCUGCCUUACCACCCCCAGAUGCAUCUGCUCACACAGUUCCUCCUACUACUCUCCACAUGCCAGGUGGUUUUUUGUUUGAUGGCCUUUCAGAUGAGGAGGAGGAUUUUCCACAGCAGGCGGCUCAUUCGAUACCAUCCACUAGUACUUCUGGUCUACGUCCAGCUUCCCUUGGCUACACAGGAGCGGCUGGACCUCGCCCUAUAACGCAGAGUGAGCUAGCCACAGCUCUAGCACUUGCCAGUACUCCAGAGAGUAGCUCUCACACCCCAACUCCUGGAACCCAGGGUCAUUCCUCCGGAACAUCUCCCAUGUCAUCCAGUGUGCAGUCAGGAACACCAAUCACAAAUGACUUGUUCAGCCAGGCUCUUCAGCAUGCUCUACAAGCCUCCAGCCAAACGCCACUGCAGAGUCAGUGGCAACCACAGCUCCAGCAAUUGCGUAAUAUGGGUAUUCGUGAUGAAGAACUGAGUCUGAGGGCUCUACAAGCUACUGGAGGGGACAUUCAGGCUGCCCUGGAACUUAUAUUUGCAGGAGGUGCUCUCUAAUGUCAAUUAAAACAUCCUUAGGCCUCUCAGUGUCUGUUCUUCAUCUUUGCUACAAAUCAUUGGACUCAUUCAGCACAAGAAAGAAUGCUGCACAUUCUUUGACAUUAUAAUUGGACAGGUUGUAAUCUUCUGCCUUACCCCCAGUUAUUUAAAUUUGUAUUUGCAUGUAAACACUAUUGUAAAAUGUACCAUAUUCCUUCAAAAUUGAUAUUCUUUUAUCUCUUGAAGUAAGCCAUAAAAAUGCAUGACUCCAGCUGCUAUCUUUGCAGUAUGUAAACCAUUCAUGGGAUGAAAUUUAGGCCCUGGGCACAUGGAGUGUUGGCUCCGCUGCUCUCAGCCUGCAGUAAAGAUGCAGGGAUUGUUCCUUAUAAGAAGCUAUGUAACCUGUACUUUAACUGUAAACUGUAUCAAAACAGAAUACAUGAAAAGGAGCCUGUGAGCUGUGAGAAAACUUGGAGGGUUAGUGAUGUUUAGAGUGUUAGUGUUUACAUACAAAUAGGAAAAUCUUGCAUCACUUGCAUAGUUCUAUCUUUCAUGUCCUUCCACUGACAAUAAUAUGAAAAGUUUCGCUGCAGUACCCCCACUGGGUUCCUUUCAUAAUAACGGCAAUUUUUCUUUUACUUCCUAUAUGACCAUGAGUUUUUUUUCUGCAGACUGAGAGAAGUGGAUCUGCUCUCUUCCAAAUCUCUAUGUACCUGCCUGAAAAUGCCUGCUUUUACGGUUUUUGGAUCUAUCUCCGCUCCAUGUACCUGCACACAGGCAGAAGCUGCACUUUUCAGUGCAGAUCUCCACCUGCAUUAAAAACAGAUGCAGAAAUGUAAAUGUACAUGAACCAUGAAGAAUCAAGGCACAGUUGUGUAUGAAUAAUAAUCGGGGCUAGUUGUCUGUUUAUUUAUCAUUUGUCACUUGUGUAGGUGUUUUUGAAGACACAGUUUGUUUAUUACUGGGCAGCUAACCAUACCAGCCAAUCAUUGAUUAGCUGUUUUGAGGCAGCUUUGAGCACAACAUUGAAAGCAAAAAUUCAGUUGGUUACCAUGGUUUAUUGUCCUGAUGCAAAAUGGGUCCCAGUUGGUACACUUCUGUUGUAUCUGGUUGUAAAGUUGCAACAAAUAUAGCAAAGAGUUGAAAUAUUUUAGCAUUUGCCCAGCUUGACUGCAAAGUCCUGGACCUGUAGGCUCCAAAUUAUUUCUUUAUAAUCAGCUUAGCAGUGGGGGUAGUGAGAUGUUAAGGGUGAGAAGUAGCAAUGUCUACCCUAACAAGCUUUCAGGCUUCACUUAGAAUUAAUUCCAUAGUGGGUUGACCAGUGAAAGAAGCUCACAUGGAUGGAGAAGGCCCAUGCUCGCACAACCUGGCCUUCCAGAAGUUGAAUGCCUGCUGCACACAAUUUAGGGAUCGGCACACUCCCAACUUUUUAUGACAAGAAAAUUUCACUGACAUACAAUGGGAACCUUUCAUAGUAAAAUUGUUUCCAGUACCAGUUGUCCAGGUUAAUAGUCCGCACUCCAGUUGGGGGAACUAAUACUAUUUUGGCCAAAAAAUGCUUCUAGCAAGCACUAGACUGCCCACACUGAAAGGAUUUUACAUCACUUGCAUAUGUGCAAUGAGAGCGCUGGGGCACUCGCUCAAUAGAUGCUCUUUAAUUGUAGAUAGUAUAUUAAAUGAACAGUAACAUGAAAAAAUUUGUGUUUUAAAGGAAUGACAAUAUAAUAUAAUGUCAUGCUGCACUGGUAAAACGAGUGUAUUUGUUUCAGAAACUCUACUAUAGGAUAUAUAAAGAAGCUGCUGUGUAGCAAUGUUGGCAGCCAUUCAUGCACAGGAUACAUUGUAGAUAACCGAUAAGUUCUGAAGAAUCUCAUUGUAUACUACAGAGCUUAUCUGUUAUUUGCUGUGCAACCUUUUUUCCAGUUAGAAUGGUUGUCCCAAUGGAUAGACAGCAGCUUGCUUAUAUAAACUAUUGUAGUUUUUCUAAAGCAUACACAACAGUUUUACCAGUGCAGAGCAACAGUACAUUAUAUUGUCAUUCCUUUAAAACAAUUUCAUUUUUUUGCUGUUACUGUUCCUUUAACACUGCCAGAGAGCCUGCACAAGAGAUAAGGGUACUAUUAAUGUCCCCAAAAUGUAUGCUGAUGGUACUCUGCUGGGUGAUCCACCAAUCAGUCAGCACAGGAAUGGAAUGCCAGUGGCCACAUGGGCGGAUUUAGGUCAGAAAACAACUCAUACAGCCUUGGGUUUCCUUUGGGACAGUUUCAAAUGUCAUAGAAAUAAACAUGCAUACAAUAAUCAAGUAAUACUGAUGUGAUUAAAAAAUUUGAGAGACAAUUAAAACAUUGUAUCUGGCUGCA